GGGUGAAACCUUACUGUGCACAGUGAUCCAGAACAUCAAAGAUAUGAGCAUGUCGUUAAUAAUUUUCACAUCUGCACAGAGAUUGCGAUCAGUCUGUAGAUUGCAGAGAAUACAUGGACACAUGAUGUCCAGUAAAGCUGGAUCUGAAGUUCUGUUUGAGAAAGUGGGAAAAGCCGGAGUAAUCACACUAAACAGACCCAAAGCUCUGAACGCUCUCACACUCAACAUGAUCAGACACAUCUACCCUCAGCUCAAGAAAUGGGACAAAAACUCGGAAACGGAUGUAGUGAUUAUUAAAGGAGCAGGAGAGAAGGCUUUCUGUGCUGGUGGAGAUAUCAGAGCAAUCGCAGAGGCUGGAAAAGCAGGCGAUUCUCUUUCCCAAGUCUUUUUCCGCGAGGAAUACAUCCUUAACAACACUAUUGGUACAUAUCAGAAACCCUAUGUGGCUCUAAUUAAUGGAAUUACAAUGGGAGGAGGUGUGGGUCUUUCAGUUCACGGACAGUUUCGUGUGGCCACUGAGAAGACACUAUUUGCCAUGCCAGAGACGGGCAUUGGUUUGUUCCCUGAUGUCGGUGGUGGCUACUUUCUGCCUAGACUUCAAGGCAAGCUGGGCCUUUUUCUCGCCCUGACAGGUUUCCGCCUCAAAGGACGAGAUGUCCAGAGGGUCGGGGUGGCUACUCACUUUGUGCAGUCAGAGAAGAUUGAAUCUCUAGAGAAGGAUCUUGUUGACUUGAAGUCUCCAUCUAUCAGCGAUGUGGCUCAGCUACUGGACUCUUAUCAGGAACAGAGCCAUCUGGAUGCUGAGAAACCGUUUGUCCUCCAGGAACAGACAGAGGCCAUCGACAGGCUAUUUUCAGCUGGAAGUGUAGAGGAGAUCGUGGAGAACCUUAAGAAAGAUGGCUCGGCAUUUGCACUGAAACAGGCUGAGACUCUUGUCAAAAUGUCACCGACUUCACUGAAGUUAACUUUCAGGCAGAUUGAGGAAGGAGCGAGAAUGAGUAUGCAGGAGGUGUUCAUGAUGGAGUAUAGACUCAGCCAGGCCUGUAUGAACGGCCACGAUUUUUAUGAGGGGGUCAGAGCAGUGCUAAUCGAUAAAGACCAGAGUCCAAAGUGGAAACCUUCUACCCUGGCUGGAGUCUCAGUUCAGUUUGUAGACAAAUGUUUCAGCUCUCUGGGUGAAAGAGACCUCAAACUAUAGAAAGUCAUUUCAAAAAUCCCGCAAGUUGCUUUUUCACAGAUCUCUGAAAUUUAUCAAAGAAAUCUGCAUUGUUAUUUCUGUCAGCAUAUAGUAGCUGACGAAAGCAAAAAUACUUCUGCUGCUUACAGCUAAAGCAAAUGUUCCUCUGAGGCUUCUGUGAGGCCUCUCUGAAAUGAUGAGCAAUGCUGAUUUCUUCUGGAAGUUCAGAGGUUUGGGGAGUGUCUUGAUGCCAUUCUACUGGGAAAUGGCAUUAAGGGAGAGUUAACAAUUGAAAAUGAGUAUGUCAUUAUUUACUUAACCCCAGUUAAACGUUUCUGUUUUUAUUUACAGUUGUUAAUAUCAGAAUUUUGAUAGUCAUGCAGGUAUUUUCUGUGAAUUAAAAUAUGAGGUGUUCAUACUGGGUAUAAAAUGACAAAAGUGAUAUAAUGACACAAUUUUGAACAAAAUUUAACAGCACUCUGUUUAAAGUGCUGGGAAUCGUAUCUUGCAUACUUCAUUGUUAAAGGUGUCUUUUUUCCCCUCUAAACUGUGUAAUCGUUUGUGUAAAUCCUGUGGAAAUAGAUUGGCAGACACUGAUUUUUGCACAUGCUGCAAUCCGUGAUUAACCUUAACACAUGCCCUGGCCACGAUUCAGUUCGGUCGGAUUAAAGUAUUGUCAUGUGAUGCACAGUAUGCAAUAUGACUGCCAUUAACCACAGUGCUGUUUACUACACAAGUCCUUCCUCUGGCAUAAAUGUAUCAAGCUUGAUAUAUUAAAUCUGAAUGACGUUGACACGACCAUGAUGCCUUGAGUUAUAACGAUUCAGUCCUUCUUUGCUAUGCCGAUAUAACUGCGUGGAUGUUGAUUUAAACUGCGUGACCUAUAUUUCAUGAACAAAAAAAAUAAGAUUGUUUUGUAUCCACUUUUGGUUUUGAUUGCAGAAAUCUCAUGUAAUCUUAACAUGCCCACAGCACAUC